AUGGAGAACGCGGCGGAAAACCGGGGCCUGCCACACCCCCCAGCGGCCAGGGGCACGGCUCCUCCCGCUCCCCACGAGCGGAAAGGGGGCCUCGCCGCCGAGGGCCCGGCGGCAGGGCACGGCCCCCGGCUCCCCGCACCCCGACACGCAGCUCUCGGGGCGGGUGGGACACGGCGCCCGCGGGCGACCGAGGGGGAAGGGCCGCGGCGGCCGGCGGCCCGCGCAUGCGCAGAGCCCGGCAUCCGCCCGUCCACCUACCGUUGGAACCGCGAAGCCCCGUUCCCCGGCCGCGGCCGCUUCUCCAGGACCCGCGGCGACGACGAGCGAGCGAGAACUGAGGCCCCGAGUGGCGCCGCGGCCGGCGAGCCUGUUCCCGGGACGGCCGCUGGCAGGAGGCUGAGGCGACGGCUGCGGCGCGGGGCCAGCCCGGCCUACCUGACCUACACUACCAGCGUGGCCUUGGGGGCCCAGAGUGGCAUUGAGGAGUGUAAGUUCCAGUUUGCCUGGGAACGCUGGAACUGCCCGGAAAAUGCUCUCCAGCUCUCCACCCACAACCGGCUGAGGAGCGCCACCAGAGAGACUUCCUUCAUUCACGCCAUCAGCUCGGCUGGAGUCAUGCACACCAUCACCAAGAACUGCAGCAUGGGCGACUUUGAAAACUGUGGCUGCGAUGAGUCAAAAAACGGGAAAACAGGAGGCCAUGGCUGGAUCUGGGGAGGCUGCAGCGACAAUGUGGAAUUUGGGGAAAGGAUCUCCAAACUCUUUGUGGACAGUUUGGAGAAGGGGAAGGAUGCCAGAGCCCUGAUGAAUCUGCACAACAACAGGGCCGGCAGGCUGGCAGUGAAAGCCACCAUGAAAAGGACCUGCAAGUGUCACGGCAUCUCGGGGAGCUGCAGCAUCCAGACCUGCUGGCUGCAGCUGGCUGACUUCCGGGAGAUGGGCGACUACCUGAAGGCCAAGUACGACCGGGCGCUGAAAAUUGAGAUGGACAAGCGGCGGCUAAGAGCUGGGAACAGCGCCGAGGGCCACUGGGCGCCCACGGAGGCCUUUCUUCCUAGCGCAGAGGCCGAGCUCGUCUUUUUAGAGGAGUCGCCAGAUUACUGCACCCGCAAUUCCAGCCUGGGCAUCCAGGGCACAGAGGGCCGCGAGUGCCUGCAGCACAGCCACAACACCUCCCGGAGGGAGCGACGCAGCUGCGGGCGCCUGUGCUCCGAGUGUGGGCUGCAGGUGCAAGAGAGGCGAACCGAGGCCACCAGCAGCUGUAACUGCAAAUUCCACUGGUGCUGUACGGUCAAGUGUGACCAGUGUCGGCAUGUGGUGAACAGAUACUACUGCACCCGCUCCCCGGGCAUGGCCCAGUCCUGGGCUAAGGGCAGUGCCUGGUAACAGCCCACACGGACUCACUUGCUCAUUGCAUGACUGUGGAGGGGCACACAGCUUCUCUCCUGGAGACAGCAGAUUGGGAAUCGAUCGGAAAAUCACCGGGUUGGUCUGCGGGGCUUGUGGUAUCCACUAUAGGAGGGCAAACGGAGCCUACGGGUACACAGCAUAUUCCUGGCAGGGCUGAAAUUGGAGCCCGGGCCUCCCGACUUUUGCAGACUCCACUUCACCUCACCUGCAAGUCAUUUCCUGGUCUUUGGGCCUGGAUUUAUGCACUUGCCUGGGAAGGGGGAAGAUGGGGUAGGGGGUGGGUAGAUAUUCAGAGUACUUGUUCCCUUAAACUUCAGACCACACCCAACCCACUCGUGUGGCGGAGUCAGGUAGGACUCCUGGUGGAGCAACCUUCCCUUACUCAUGAAUUUGACCAAUAACAACUUCAUGCAGAUAAAUGAGGUGGAGACCACAAAUGCCUUUCGGGAGCUUUUUAAAAUGUUGGGGUUUUUCACCUGAUUAUGCACUUUUAAAAACUUCUUCCCAUUCAAACUUGGGGAAAAUCAGUACCCAACGUAACUAGGGUGCUUGUCCACCACUUCUGCAGCCAAGGGGAGGGAAUGGUGGCAGAGGGGGGCAGGUGACUCGUCCAGACAAGCUGUAAAAUGACCCUGUUUUCAUUUUCCCAGUUUGGGAACUCAACUUUAUUUUAAAAUAAAUGCUUCUAGGGUAGAUCCUUCCAGGACAUUUUGUCAGUACCUUUGACAAUCUUAGGAUAAGAAAGGGAAUGGGAAACUCUUUCUGUAUUCCAAUUAUCCAUCAAGCUAAGGGGCAAACGAGAAAUAGCCAACCCCCUUGAGCUGAGACCCAAGCAGUGACCCACAGGAAAACAACACAGACUUCCCAGGUUUAGAAGAUGCUAUUGUAAUGCAAUCUAAGCAACUUGGGGAAUAAGGAAGCCCUUUGAACUUGGGUAACAUUCAAAGUGUGUUUGCUCUCUGAACUUGGGCUUCCCAGGGUGUCCGUACACCAAAACCAGGGGCCUAGGACCGAAGACCUGGAGAGUUGUGGAUUCUACUGUCCUCAUUUACACUUCUAUAUCUUCCAUUCGUAAUCUUUCCAGGAGGGGUAGUUUCCACAAAAAGAGAGCCCCGAGGGCUCAGCCCCUGGUUUCCUAAAUCUGAAUGUCUCAGCCUUAAGACUUUUCCGUCUGCAGGGGCUUGCACCCUGCAGGGAGGCUGAAUAAACAAGCCAGGGAUCACCAAGAGUGCGGUAGCACCCCAUCCUAUUGUUUUAAGGUAGAAAACAAUUUUACUGUUCAACCGUAGGACAAAUUAGACCAUGGCUUCCAGAGUAGUAUUAACUACUAAAGUAAUAUUCUUGAUAAAUACUUUGUAACAUGGAAAAUGCUCAUGAUACCUUUAAGUGAACACAGCUGAUUACAAAAUAGCACGCUCAGGAUGAAUUUUUUGUUUUCAAAUAAUAAA